GUAACAGCGCAACAGCAGCGCUGCACAGCUGCAUACGUGUCUAUCAAAUCGUAUGUCAAACUUGGUCAAACUGUACGAUUGCAGAAAGGUUUUCUAGUUGUGUGACAAAAAUUUAUCGCAAUUACAUCGAUAUUGAGUAAACGAGUGAAUAAUUUGACGGAACGAGUUAACGAGUGCCGUAUUAGUAGCAGCUUUCGUGGCUGCUGUUUAUGAGCACGACGACCCGCCCGAUGUGAUCCGCGAGCGCGGCGAUUCCUCAAGGGCGAUCCCGAUGGAUUGUCAUUGUUUAUCUGUUGUUAUUGUCGUCAAUGAUCAGCGUUGCCUGAUGGGCGAACAUCACGCUUAACGUCCUAGCUAGACGGCGAGACAUCAUGCGCCUGCUCGUGAAAAUUGUGUUGAUUUAGGUAAACGUAAGCAAUGGCAAUGUCAACGAUGGCGAACACCGUCGUCGGCAGUAAUCCGGAGAACACCUCCAAGUUCCUAGAGGCUCUGCAGUCAGAUCUUAAAGUACUUGCCUCAGAGACCAAGAAAAAGUACCCGCAAAUCAAGGAGUCAUGUGAAGAAGGUAUUGCAAAGUUAAGGACUGCAACAAAUAACCCAGGGACGCCAAUAUAUUAUAUUGUAAAUCAAAUACUUUAUCCUUUAGUUCAGGGUUGUGAGAGUAAAGAUUUAAAAAUUAUCAAGUUUUGCUUAGGCAUGAUGCAGAGGCUAAUAACACAGCAAGCAGUAGAUCAGAAAGGCGCCCGAUAUAUUACAGAUACCUUAUGGUUGUUAAUGGAAUCUGGUACAGAAGAAGUUAAAGUCUUGCAAACUGUAACUCUACUACUUACAAGUAACGCUGUGGUACAUGGAGAUACUCUUGCACGAAAUUUGGUGCUCUGUUUCCGAUUACAUUUUACAAAAGACUGUACAACGAUAAAUACAGCGGGUGCUACUGUAAGACAACUGGUAUCUUUGGUGUUUGAAAGAGUAGUUGCUGAGGAUGAGCAGAGUCCUGAUCAAUCAGAAUCUGAUGAAGUUAAUUUAGAGGAAUUAAAAAUUCCAACAAAUCAAGCGCCUAAAGGUCUUGGUCCUUGCGCUGCAGAUGCAUACUUAAUGUUUCAGGAUCUAGUUCAAUUAGUAAAUGCUGAUCAACCAUACUGGUUAAUAGGCAUUACAGAAAUGACUAGAACAUUUGGUUUGGAGCUACUAGAAUCAGUUUUAACAAAUUUUUCAUCAGUCUUUUUUAAGCAUCCAGAAUUUAGCUUCUUACUUAAAGAAAGAGUGUGUGCACUUGUGAUAAAACUAUUUUCGCCUAACAUCAAGUAUCGUAAUUCAGUGCCAGCUUCUUUGCAACAAGCCACUCCUUUGGACAAACCUUACUUUCCUAUUAGUAUGAGACUUUUGCGAGUUGUGUCGAUUUUAAUACAGAAAUAUCAUUCGUUGUUGGUGACAGAAUGUGAAAUAUUUUUAUCUUUAAUUGUGAAAUUUCUGGAUCCUGACAAACCUACUUGGCAGAGAGCUUUAGCUUUGGAAGUUUUGCAUAAAAUGACAGUGCAGGCAGAUUUGCUGACAAAUUUCUGUGAAUGUUAUGACUUAAAACCACACGCUACAAAUAUUUUUCAAGAUAUUGUCAAUAGCUUAGGUGCUUAUGUACAUAGUCUCUUUGUGAAUCCACAGAUGAUGAGUCAAACAGUAACAAGUACAACUGUACCUCAAAGCACAGGUUCGCCAUUGUUCACCGGAAUGCCUAUCGGACCUGGCGUAUCGCCUCAACCUGGUUUUUAUUCGCGCGGUAUAUGGUUACCAGUAGUAGCAACAUUUACAAGCGGGCAAGCUAAGCCAACAUAUUUGGAAAUGCUGGACAAAGUUGAGCCACCACAAAUACCGAUUGGUUACGGAAUCAGUAUAGCUUAUGCGUGCCUACUAGAUAUCAUAAGAUCGAUCUCGCUGGCCAUAAAUGGAUCGAAAGAUGAUAGUACCGAAGGUCAGACCUAUCAGCCGAGCGAAUCCGAACGGAAACUUCAUGUACAAUUAAUAAACUCUAGUUGGUGCGGUCUAUUGGCGGCUCUCAGUCCAUUGAUAGAUGCUAGCACGGAUGAAUCAGCGACGGAGAAUGUCUUGAAAUCAAUUCAGACCUUUGCGUCACUUUGCGGCCAAUUGGAAUUGCAAGCACCACGUGACGCCUUCAUCACUGCGAUAUGUAAAGCCUCGCUACCACCUCAUUACGCUCUAACUGUUCUGUACAACGCGCCUCAAGGCAUACCAACGGCAAGACAGCAAGAUGCUCAGUACAAUUUAACGAUGGGCGAGCCCGAUUAUAGACAACAAGUAGUUGCCGUCGGUACGCCGUUGCCGACGGCGUCCUUACCAAUUGGUGCUCAUCAGGGUCCUGUCAUGUUGACUGCGAAAAAUCUGCAAUGUAUGCGCGCGCUAUUAUCAUUGGCUCAUUGUCACGGCAGCAUACUCGGUAGCGCGUGGCAUUUGGUACUUACCACUCUUCAGCAUCUCGUUUGGAUACUUGGAUUAAAACCUUCCACCGGAGGAUCCUUAAAAGCAGGGAGAACCGCUGCUGAUCCUAACGCAGUGUUGACGAAUGCAGUCAUGGCGGAUUUACCGGUGCUCAGCGCUAUGCUUAGCAGAUUAUUCGAGAGCAGCCAGCAUCUUGAUGAUGUCGCUUUGCAUCACUUAAUAGAUGCCUUGUGCAAACUGAGCCACGAGGCUAUGGAGUUGGCAUAUUCUAAUCGCGAACCUUCAUUGUUCGCUGUUGCCAAACUGCUGGAGACAGGCUUAGUGAACUUACCACGUGUAGAAGUGCUCUGGAGACCACUGACGAACCAUUUGUUGGAAGUCUGUCAACACCCGCACAUCCGUAUGAGAGAGUGGGGCGUGGAAGCGAUUACUUAUCUUGUCAAGAUGGCUCUUCAACAUAAAUAUCCGCAACCGCUCCGCGAUAAUCAGAAGCUACAAACGUUACUGCUAGGACCAUUGUCGGAGUUAUCGUCCGUGCGUCAUGGAGAUGUCAGGCAGCGGCAGUUAGAAUGUGUCUUACAAGUGCUUCACGGCGCCGGAGAAACACUAUACCAUGGCUGGCCUUUAGUGCUCGGUAUAAUAGGAGCAGUUUCCGAUCAUCACGGGGAAGCUUUAGUACGCAUAGCCUUCCAAUGUUUGCAAUUGGUCGUAACGGACUUUUUACCGGUGAUGCCUUGGCGAUGUCUUCCGCUCUGCGUCGACACAGCUGCCAAAUUCGGAUCGCAGACGCAGGAAUUAAAUAUUUCACUCACAGCCGUCGGUCUAAUGUGGAAUAUAAGCGACUACUUCUACCAGAACCAAGAGAAAUUGUGCGUCUGCCUGCGCGGAGACUCGUCGUCGGUAUUUCCCGAUUUUCCCGGCACAACAAACAUGCCUCCGUUCGACAAGCUCUGGAUGUGUCUGUAUGCGAGACUUGGAGAUUUGUGCGUCGAUUCGCGGCCAGCCGUGCGCAAAUCAGCGAGCCAAACCCUGUUCUCCACUAUAUCAGCGCACGGUAGCCUCCUGCAUCAACCUACGUGGCAAGCGGUACUCUGGCAGGUACUGUUUCCGCUGUUGGACAAAGUAAGAAGCCUGUCGAACUCGGCUAGCAGUGAAAAGGUCGAUACCAGUGGAAACAUACUCAUUCAUCACAGCAGGAAUACGGCGCAGAAGCAAUGGGCGGAAACGCAGGUUUUAACGUUAAGCGGCGUAGCCCGAGUAUUCAACACGAAACGUCAGCUGUUGCAAAUGUUAGGCGAUUUUCCCAGAGCGUGGUCGUUGCUCCUCGAGUUCAUCGAAAAUUCCGCGCUCAGCAAAAAUAACGAGGUCUCUUUAGCGGCGCUGAAAUCUUUCCAAGAGAUCCUCUUUCAGCCGAAGGGAAGCGACAGCACCGAGGUGAUUCAGUCGAACGAUUCGGAAGGCUUAUGGAUGGUGACGUGGCGCGUGUGGCUUAAUAUCGGAAUGGAGAGCACCGCGCCGCCGCAGGAGGGCGACACCGAGCCUUACGUGCCGUCGCAAGCAUUCCUCACCGCACUGAUGCACAUAUUCCCAGGUGUUUUCCAGCACAUCAGAAACAAGUUCACCGGCCCCGAUCUGCAAAAGUUAUGUAUUGUACUGAAGAAUGCAGUGGCCGUACCGGUGCACGGCGAAUCGACGCCGUACAUCCUGCCGUCAGUGCCCGAUGUAGUUCUCACUCAUCUGCAAGACGAAGUCCUGCAUUCUAUGGAGCUGCUGCAGAAGGAGGCGUUAAACGGCCCGGACAACUUGCGCACGAUGAUCGUGCUGAUCUUCCUUCAAUUGCUGAGCUUCUCGAAGCUGGCGUGCGAGGCGCCGACCUACGGUAAAAUACCAACGAAACACAUUUCGCAGAUCAGAGGCGUGUCCGCCGACUGGGUCACGAUGAAUUACGUUCCAUUCGGCGAGAAAGCUCUGUCGAUGGUCGUGAGCCUAUAUCAGAAGACUGCUCAUGAAAUGGCCGUGAUCGACGGCCAAGUGCUGAAGCACGUAGUAGAAGCGCUGCACGUACCGCUGUCGAUGAAGUACGCGUGUCCGUCCGCAACGACGUGGAAAUUAGCCGUGACCAGUCUGUUGGCUGUCUUGCACACCGGCCUGCCGCUCGCCAGAAAGUAUCCCGAACAGUUCCAGAGCAUGUGGCUCGAACUUGCGAGCACGCUGGGUUUCCUGUUCCCUAAAAGUGUGCUGAAUGCAGAACGAGGGGUUGAAGAGAUCCAGGCUGAUGAGGCGGUGGAUUGUCAAGUUAUGGAGUUACUGAGAGACGAAGUCCUGCCACAUUCUCAGCAUAUACCUCAUCAGUUUAUCCUGAGAGUUGUUAUGCUUUUGAAUAAAGGCUCUAUACAUUCAGCCACUACAGCAAAUAUCGAAAAUGGAGCAGAGACAAAGUUACGGGAAGAAUUUGCGAAAACCUGCUUCGAGACUCUGUUGCAGUUUUCUUUAUUAGACGGAUUGAACAAUGAUGCGGAAAAUAAAGACCUGAAGAAGAGUUCGGAAAAUGACGAGGGUGGUAUCGCUGGGCGAUUGGCAGUUACGGCUCUUCUGCACAGAUUCCAAGAAGUUUUACGACGAUAUAUCGAGAGCGAAAGACGUAGCGGAAAGUGUCCUUUGCCUAGGUACAGGUUGUCAGAGAUAUCGUUUGUUCUUAAAGCUGUUGCCACCCUCGUAGUUUCGCUCAAAAAAGCGCCUCCAAAUAAAGUCGAGAGAUCAGUAUGGGAGCAGCUGAUUGGAUUAUAUCCAUGCUUAGUGGAGUGCACGAUCGCGACCACCUCUGGACAAGUAUCCAGAUCCUUGCGAGAAGCACUGCUGCAAUAUCACGAUUUAUUGCGGGCACCAGUUUACAAUACGCCAACUACAAAUGGCGUUUGACCAAUACAUUCUUUUCUUUUAACCGGAAGCGCAGACUUGUGCUAAAUAGAAAGUGGACAAAUGCUAAAAAGAAAGUGGACAAGAUAAACGGGAAGGUCUCCAUGGAGGCUUUCUCGAGCUUCGUAUUAAUGAGGGUGUCAGCAACGUGCUAAGAAUAAAGUGCCUGCAAAGUCAACAAAGAAAAUGGACAAGGUAAACGGGAAAGUCUGUAAUUUAUGGAGGCUUUCUAGUUCCAAGGAUUGGGUCACAGAUCACAAGCAAAUUACUGCCCCUGAAGCACAGGGUGAGUAUUUUUUGUGAUCCGUGACCCAAACUUUGGGGCGAGGAAGCCUCCAUGGACUGCGGAUUUUCCCGUUUGCUUUGUCCAUUUUCUUUAUUGACUUUGCAAACACUUUGUUCCUAGCCUGUUGUUCUAUACCCUCAUUAAUUUGAGCGGAAGAAAUUCUUGUGGGAAUGCAUAGAGGAAUGAUUUGAAUUUCUAGCAAAUUAUUAUGUUUAUGUUACGGGUCUUAAUAAUGUGCAAUCCUCAUUUCUUUCAUUAGUUUCUCUAAUUUCUUCUUACGCUUGUAUUUCGUAUUACUGCAGAUAAGAGAGAUUGACUGGUUUAACGGAUCCGUUAAACCGGUCAGUCUCUUAUCUGCAAUAAUAAGAAAUACGACAAGCGUAAAGAGGAAUUAGAAACUAAUGAAAAAAAUGAGGAUUGCACAUUAUUACACCCGUGACACGAAUAACACAGAUACUAGUUCCACAGAUGAAUGCUAAAAAUUGAAAUUGCAGCAUUUUUCUAUGCAUUUCCACAAGAACAUAUAAAGGUAAUUUGCUUGUGUAACAUUGACGCGUGGCAAAAUAUAUUUGCGAUUAAGAUUUCCAGUUUUAUGUAGAAAUAAUAUGAGUUUGCGAUAUAAUUACGCUCCAAAUGAUAGAAUAAUAUCGUGUUAAGUCUUUUUAUUUUAAGUGCGAUUAGUGCAAUAGUUGAUUUCAGUAGUCGCGCUUACGGUCGCGAGAUAACCUUGUGCAUCCCUGCAAUUUAUUCCGCUCAUUAUCGUCGAUAUCAUGUUUUUACGACGUUGCAGUACAAUAAUCAAAAUGCCAAUGGAGUUUCUAGAUUGACGCUUUCACUAUGCGACUUUUAUAUAAAUUUAUAUAAUUUUUGCCGUUUUUGACUUUGCAAUCGUGUCGAAGAUUAAUAAAAAUCUCUUUAUGAGGUUUGUCAUCGCUAGUGUAGUACCAAACGCGAAGAACUUUUAUAGAAUUGUUACGUGGAUUAAAUUAAACUUGAAAUAGUUAUGAAAUAAUGACAAACGGAAACGGAAGCGUUUCUCAUUUGAGAACACGAAAUUAAAAAGAAGAUUUAUUAUCUUGUGCAUUCUUGUAGAGAGUAUAGAAGUUAUGUGUUUUAAUAGCGCAAGCCGGUAGUCAUCAUUGUUUCGAAUACACAUACACGGAAAAAUAUUGUAUAUAUCCGUAAAGAAUGUACAAGUCAGCUUUUCUAAUUAGUGUUGUAAAUAUUAACAUGAGGUAUAUGUAUAUGUUAGGAUGCAUAUACAAGACAAUUUUAUAAAUAAUAUAAAACUUUAUCAUUCACUAUUCUUACAAAUCGCGUGGCGUCGUAAGUUAUAUUACCAGAAUGUAAAUAAAUCUAUGCAGAUGAAAUAAAACUCUUAAGCAGCUGUUA